UUCUUCCCGAGAAACCUUAGUGUAUGGGCCCGUUGACAGACUGUGUGCAACUCGCCGUGAGAGAGAGAGAGAGCUUUGCUAGGCAUGACAACAAACAAUGAUCUGUGACUACAAAGUUUGAAUGUAAGCUCUUUGUGAUCAGGCAGGAAAGUUUGAGAUUGUGUGUACUAUACUGUCGAAGUAAGAGUGCGUUUCAGUUUGAGUUUUAUCCAGAAUGUCUGUUAAUUCAAGAAUGGAGCAGCUCCAAGCGACAGUUGAAGAACUUAAGAGGCUUAGUAAUUUGACAGAACGACAGAAAGUGAAGGACAUUUUGCUAGUCGAAGCCAGGAAAAUUGAGACUGAAAUUUCAUUAUUGAGAGAACAGAGCGGAGCAGAAAUAGCAGAAUCAUCUUCAGGUGGUGCCCGAAAUGCACCUGCUCGAUGCUAUGAUGUGCGAUUAACUAAUUAUGCAUGGGACCAGUCGGACAAAUAUGUUAAAAUUUAUGUUACUUUAAAAAAUCUUGAAGCACUCAAUGAAACAAAUAUUGAAUGUGUUUUCACAGAAAGGUCUUUCAGUCUUAAGGUCAGUGGGCUUGAUGGCAAAAAUUAUAUACUGAAUAUAUGCAACUUGUUAGAGAAGAUAAUUGUUGCAAAGUGUUACUGGAAAAAGAAGGGUGAUACUUUGAUUGUUUUCUUGGCCAAAAAGUCUCCAGGGGCAAACUGGUCCCAUAUGACAUCAGUAGAGAAGAAAGCAAGUGAGCCGAAGGUUCCAAAACUAAACCAUUCUGAUGACCCAAGUGCUGGGCUGAUGGAUAUGAUGAAACAGAUGUAUCAAGAAGGCGAUGAUGAGAUGAAGAGAACCAUUGCCAAAGCCUGGGCAGAAUCUCGUGACAAACAGUUUCCUCAUUAAGUCACAGCUGUUGCAAACUCUUAAAUAAGUAUCAGUUUUGUUAAAGCUGUUCUCUGAACAUCAUGUUCAGAACCUAAGGACAGAUAAUACAAAUUUUUGUGCAUUGCAGUGUUGUGCCAGUAGAAAGAUUGGGAUCAGUCAUUCAACUGAGAAUAAAUUGAUACUUCAUGACUAAACUGAUUUUAUGUGCAGUCUUUGACAAAACCACAAUGAAUCAGAAUUGGUAAUAGACUGCAGCACAAGGAAUCAGUUAUUUGUGAUCGUGUCCUGUAUCUUAUGUUUGUAGUUGAAAGUUGUCAUAUGUAUGUGUGUAUUAUGUUAAAUGUUGUAUUUGAAUAUAUAGCAUGGUUUUGUCAGAUUGUUUCAGCUAUGUUGUGUUCAAUAAUGAUUUUUCAGUAUUCACACAGUGGAAAUAAUGAACUUCCGCUAAAUUAGUGAGAAGAGGCAACACGAUUGUUAAAUUGAAUUAGUUCUUCUCGUUAAGUUGUCCAAAGCGAUGCAGUUAAAAAAAAUAUUUGUAGGGUUCUGUAGUUAUGCAUGGAAUAAACUUCAACUCUGAUAGCAAUUUUGGAGGUUGUUCAGAGAUAUUUUCAGUCUUUUGGUAUGAAGGACCCACAGUAUCCAGUUGCUCAUCUGAGAGUAAAAAUUUAAUUACCAUUUAUUUGUACUGUUAAUGUAAAACUAUCAUGGGGGGGGGGGGGGGGGGGGGAGAGAGAGAGAGAGAGAGAGAGAGGGGGGGGGGGGAUGCAAGCAUAAAGGGAGUGUGUUAAAUGGGUACUACUAUUAACAAGUAAGUAAGUAAAUUGAACAAGCUUUUUUUCAAAGCAAGGCACACAGCAUAUAAGUAAACAUUGACGCUGUUAUGCAGAAUAGUAAAACCCCGCUUUUACCCUUUUCGAGGGACCUUAAAAAAUUGUUUAAAAUGCAGGAAAAUGUAAAAUGUGGGGAAAUAAUGUUUUAAGCCGUAAAAGUUACGUAUAGGAUACCCCGUUGCAAUUUUGCACUUUAUGUAUGUGCACAUAAUAGGCAUCAAAAUACUUUAGUCUGGGAAUUUAUGUAAUAAUAAAUAAGGUUUAUUAGUUAAUAAAAACUCCUGUUAUAACAGGAACUGAUAACUGGGAAGAAAAAAAUUUGAUUCAAUUUCAUACGUCAUAAUCAGUGUUUCUGAAUGCCUGCAGCUUUCAUUACUUAACCUAGUUAGUCCCAUCAGCCACCACGCAGAGUAGAGUUUGGCAGUGGCAGGAUAUACGGCACAAAUUGUUUUAACGUUUACGUGCUUAACAGUUAAAAUUUGCUAAGUAGAGCAUCCUGGUGUCAAGAAACGUAACCACAUAAUGAAAAAACUUCCUGGCAGCAAGUGCUCUACCAACUGAGAUGCCCAUGCACGACUCGUGCCCCAUCCUCACAGCUUUACUGCAGUGUGAAAAUCUCAUUCUGGUAAUCACAUAAUGUUUGGGAACACUACUUGACUGCCAACAUCAUUUUACGUCAGUUUUUUCUCCACGAACGUUUUUUAUAAAGUGUAAAUCAUUGGGAAAAUAUAAAUAUGUUGACACACAAUUGGUGUGAAUUAACAUUGUGGACUUACAGAAUUUGAUGGGAGCAAUAAAAAACUGUUAUGAACAGCAGGAAACCAUUAAUUCCGGGAACGUAAAAGCGGGGUUACACUUUUUUGAGCCCAAUGCAGAUACAAAGAUAAAUACAGGUACAAAAUAAAAAAAUGCAAAUACUUCAUGAUGAACUGCUGGGAGACUACUGGUCUUGUAUACCAAAUUACUCUAAGUAUUUCUCAGAUAGCUGAAACAUUUUGUUGGACCCUGCAUACAGUGUCUGCACAUAGUAGUAAGUACCCAAAAACAGGAAAAAGUUGCUUCUCAAAUCGGAAUGCGUGGUUUACAUAUUAUAAAACAUUUUGUGUGAUUGGCACAAUGCUUAUGUAAAUUGAUUCUUUUUAUGCGAGAGUAUAUUUUGAUAGAAGUGAAGCAUUUAUUCUUUAUGACAUAACUACCACUUUCCUAUUUUUAGUAGGUUUCAUUAUGACUGCUGACAUACCACUGGGUGAAUUUCCUCAUAGUACUGUGUUUUCUUCUUGUGCUUGUUUUUUUUUUUUUGUAAACAUUUAAAGGAUCAGCUGAAUUGUACAUGUAUUUACAGUAAUUUACCAUUUUUUUAAAAAUUUACCUUAUCAAAAACUGUUAAUGAAAUAUGCUGUAAUAUGAUACUACUCUGCAGUUGAAACAUAAGAUAGUCCAAAAACUUGUAGAUUAAAUUAAUUCUUAAAUUUAGUGUUCACAUAUAAUCAUUAGUAGUCUAUCAUGUAUUGAACUGUUGGAAAUAAACUGAUAAUUGUAA